AUCGGGGGCCGGGUGGAGAACAGCCAUGGCGCCACGCAGGGCCGCGGCCCGCGCCGCUGCGGGCGGCCUGGGCGCCGAGUAGCCGGGCCGGGCCGGAGCGCGGGCGGCGGCGGCAGAGGCAACUGCUCCCGCGCCCCCCGCCCUCCAGGCCCCGCGCCCCGCGCCCGGGCUGCCGGCAAUGGUGACACAUGCGGCGGCGGCGCGCUGGCAGCAGGACCAUGGUUGAGCGCGCCAGCAAGUUCGUGCUGGUCGUGGCGGGCUCGGCGUGCUUCAUGCUCAUCCUCUACCAGUACGCGGGCCCGGGACUGAGCCUGGGCGCGCCCGGCGGCCGCGCGCCGCCCGACGACCUGGACCUCUUCCCCACGCCCGACCCGCACUACGAGAAGAAGUACUACUUCCCGGUGCGCGAGCUGGAGCGCUCGCUGCACUUCGACAUGAAGGGCGACGACGUGAUAGUCUUCUUGCACAUCCAGAAAACGGGCGGCACCACCUUCGGCCGUCACCUCGUGCAGAACGUGCGCCUCGAGGUGCCCUGCGACUGCCGGCCGGGCCAGAAGAAGUGCACCUGCUACCGGCCAAACCGCCGCGAGACCUGGCUCUUCUCCCGCUUCUCCACGGGCUGGAGCUGCGGACUGCACGCCGACUGGACCGAGCUCACCAACUGCGUGCCCGGCGUGCUGGACCGCCGCGACCCCGCCGCGCUGCGCACGCCCAGGAAGUUCUACUACAUCACCCUGCUGCGAGACCCCGUGUCCCGCUACCUGAGUGAGUGGCGGCAUGUGCAGCGGGGGGCCACGUGGAAGACGUCGCUGCACAUGUGUGACGGGCGCACGCCCACCCCUGAGGAGCUGCCACCCUGCUACGAGGGCACGGACUGGUCGGGCUGCACACUGCAGGAGUUCAUGGACUGCCCCUACAACCUGGCCAAUAACCGCCAGGUGCGCAUGCUGGCCGACCUGAGCCUGGUGGGCUGCUACAACCUGUCCUUCAUCCCCGAGGGCAAGCGGUCCCAACUGCUGCUGGAAAGCGCCAAGAAGAACCUGCGGGGCAUGGCCUUCUUCGGCCUGACCGAGUUCCAGCGCAAGACGCAGUACCUGUUCGAGCGGACGUUCAACCUCAAGUUCAUCCGGCCUUUCAUGCAGUACAACAGCACGCGGGCGGGCGGCGUGGAGGUGGGAGAGGACACCAUCCGGCGCAUUGAGGAGCUCAACGACCUGGACAUGCAGCUGUACGACUACGCCAGGGACCUAUUCCAGCAGCGCUAUCAGUACAAGCGGCAGCUGGAGCGCCGGCAGCAGCGCCUCCGGAGCCGCGAGGAGCGCCUGCUGCACCGGGCCAAGGAGGCACCACCUCGGGGGGACACCGAGGAGCCGGGCCGAGUGCCCACUGAGGACUACAUGAGCCACAUCAUCGAGAAGUGGUAGUGGUGGCCGGCGGGGGGAGGUGGGACCAGACAGACCAACACAUGGUCCCAGGACUCUGGGAAGAGCCCCCAUCCGCUCACCAGAAGGCAGAUGCGCCCUGAGCCUUCAAGGGGACAGGAAGGGGUGGGCUGGGUGGGCUGAGCGGGUUGGCUCUUGCUGCCCUCCCAGGCCAGGGUCUGAGAAAUCAACCUGGGGACCUACUGUGUCAGAGGGAAAGCAUGCUUAAAGGACGCCGCACCAGGCCUGCAGGGCUGGGAGCAGGUGUGGCCUUGUUCUCCAAGCCCCCACCUCAUGGUCACAACAAUCGCAGGUUUGAAGACUAGAAAGAGCCAGGGCAGUGGAGGGUGGACCUGCCAGGCCAGAAGCAUGGCCAUACCAGGCGCACACCCCCUCCCUCCCCAGGCUUGGGCCACCUGACCGCCCCUCAGCCUCCAGGGACCCCCUUACCCCAGGACCUGCAUGACAUCCCCUCCCUGGGGACGUGGGCAGCCCUCUGAGGUAGCCUCAGGAAUGGAGCCUAUUUGUCCAUCCUCAAGGUCAAGGCCUACCCCUUCUGAAGCCAACAAGACUCUAGUUUCAGCCCCCCGGGAAGCCCAUUCCCCUCUCUGACCCAAGGUCAAAACCCACAGGCUGGCUUCAUGCUUUGGGUCAGGAGAUCAGAGCACAUCACCUGGGGUCCCCCACCCCAUUUUCCACAGUCCUCAGACUGAGGGGACCCAUGGGGGGGUGGGCCGCACACCACUCUUCCCUUGCCCAGCAGAGUGUCUCCCAGGAGCAGGAAGGCCGUGGUUUAGGGGGCUGCCACCUGUGUCUGAGCAGCAACCCCCAGCUGGCCUUUAGGGGUGACCACCCAACCAGACCAGCUCAGAUGGGAAGGCCGUAGAAGCCGAGAGCUGUCCCCUGUCCUGCUCUCCUUUCCCAACCUCUGGGCUUUAUUAGUAGACUACCCCCGGCAAGCCCAUCACUUGGACAUUUUUUUAGGGGCUCAUGCCCCAGUGUCCCCAGAAUCCCAUGUGUAAAGUGCAAGCAGGCUGCCAUUGGCUAGAACACUGCAGAGCACAGCCACUGCCCAUGAGCCAUACUUUGGGGCCAUCAUGGUUCAGGAUGGCCAGGAAAAGGUACUCAGGCUUUCAGAUCCUCAUCUGGGGCUGGAAGAAACAGCUCUGGGUGGCUUCCUAGUACCCAGAAACCCAGCCCCCCACCCUGGGCUCUCCCCACAUUUUCCUGCACUCUUGCCUUGCCAGCUGGUCAGGCCUGUUCCCUGAGGCCCUGCAGAUUGGAGAAGCCAUGUUCAACUCACUGUAAACUCUCUCCCCACUCCCUUCUCUCCUGUGCUCCAGGGGUCCGGCCAGCAUCUCCUCUGCUCAUGUCCUCCCCAUAUCAGGCAUGAGACCUGGGUUGUGGGGAGCUGAGUGUGAGGCCCGCAUCUGAGGCGGACGUGUGCCCAGAGGCUGCAGUAAGAGCUGCUGGCCACCGGCCGACAGGUGGGCAGAUCCUGCCGGGAUCCCCUGCCCCAUUUGCCCCUCCGCCACCCUAGCUGCCCUACUGUGGAGUGAAGGCAUGGGAGCAGAGAACUUUCUGUGGCACCAGGAAAGUUAAGGUGUCCUGGAAAGUGGCCAUCCAAGUGGCUGAGGCUUUAGUCUGCUCAUCUAGCAUAAUGGCCCCCCUCCCAGCUUCCUCCACUGGCCACUUUGCCUCACAGCCCAGGGGCAGAGCCGUCAGCAGGCCAGGUGGGCACCAUGCCAGCCCAACCCAGGACCACCCCCCAGAGUGGACAUUGUGCUGGGGAGGGGAGCAUCCAGGUGAUUCAGUGGUUCUUUUAAAGAGAUGCAAAGGUCAGCAUGGGGCCAGGGCGGGGGGUGGGGGGUGGUGGUGCUGCUCUGAUACCCACAUGGUGUGCCCCAGGGAGGAGGGCGGGGCAUGUUCCCAAGAGCGCUGGGGUUUCACACAAGCGCCUGAGGUGCUGGGGGCUUGCCCUGGCUUCCCUCCACCCCCACUCCAGGAGGAAAGCUCAGCCCUGUUCUGCCCAGGCUCCUGGGCAGUGGUCUGGCUCAAGCAGCCCUCCUCCAGGUGGGCUCCUGAACAGGUGGACCUGAGUGGAGGAUCUGUUUUGUACGUAAUGGAAUGUUUUCACUUACGGCCCGUUGUCCCAAGUCACAUGGAAACACAGUCUCCUUGGUUUCUCUGCUGUACCUGGAAGGGGAUCCCUGCACGCAGGGGGAGGUGCCGGUGAUAGCGCCUGCUGGCAGUGCCCCUCGACGCCCUGGGUCUCCCAUACAGCACUGCCCACCCAGGCUGCCUGCUUUGCGGUGGAGGCAUCUUGUGCCCGCAGCAUCUCCUCCAAUGCCACGGGGCUGGGGCUCCAGGGGAGGGGUGGCCCCCACCCCCGGGCUCUUCCCAGGAUGGAGAGACAGAAGAAGCAAACAUGCAGUGAGCCAGCAGCUCCCCGCCACACAGGCCUGCAACAUCCUCUCUUGGAGGAAGAGCCAGAGACGACAGAACUGUCCGAACAACGAGUCUGUGAACUUUUUUGGGAACUGGAAGUGUUUAACUUGAACCCAGGAGCGUUUAAAGCUUUAUUUAUUUAUAGCUUCUUAUUAAAAAAAAAAAGUGUUGAGAAGAAACCUUUUGGUUACUCAUACAAAAAAAUGAGUCAAUGAUGGAAAAGCAAGUCAUAAUCAUCUAAUUGUUUUUGUCUAGGUCAAGAUGAAUGUUAGCAGAUGAAAUAAACCCUGAAAAGGAA